AUGUUCACGUAUUUUCAGAGGCUUCCCAUGGAGCUGCGCGACGCCAUCUGGAAGUUCGCCCUUCCGGAGGAUGAACCGGAAGUGUGCAUUGCGCACCCCGGCAUGCUCAAGAAGAGCUGGCAGUACCCACGCAAACUCUUCAUUGUGUACACAGCUUACCCGACCUUGAUGCAUAUAUGCCAGGAGUCCCGAGCAUUCGCCCAGAACUUCAAGUUGAGUGGCGUUCGAUUCACCACUCACCAAGGCACAACUGCGCGUGUCCCAUUCCGCUUUUUCCAGCCGGAUUUUGACACUCUUUUCUGCACUCGAGCCAACUUACAGGACAAUCAUGACAGCAAUCUUGUCAUCGACUGCUUGGCCCAUGAGCCUGGCCUGGACUCAAUGUUCUGGGAAGUCCGUCACUUGGCUGUUGCGACUCGAGAGUUCCCCGGCAUAAUCACAGACACCAUCUUCGACGUCCUCCGUGAGUUAGAGACCAUCACGCAAGUCUUUGUGAGCUCUUCGACAGACGACUUCAAUGGUUGGACCAAAGAGGCCUUUGAGGCCCCUAAGCGCCGAUGCAAGCUGCGCAAUCUUAUUCACACCCCUGCAUGGCAGAGAGAAAUCACUGGAUGGCGCGAGGGUGAUGAUUUUCUUGAACACGUGGAGUGGUAUAUGGAAAGAUUCCGCAAAGAACUCGACAUACAUGGACGAAGAUCCUUCCGGGAGGAAUACCCACGUGGCCCUCACGAUUACGAGGAAAACGCUUGGGACCCUGCUCUGAAGGAGUUCACUGGUCUCAAGCUAUAUGCAAAGAUCUUCGUUGAGUAUGAGGCUGGCAACUGGACCGAGGAGUGCUGCAACAGAAAGCUGCCGGCUGACGCACUGCUGGCGCCGCGUCAGGAAGAUUGGCACCAGCAAGAACCAGAGAAUGAGACCGGAGACUGUGACGAAGAAUUCGAGGACUUGGAGGCAAACCCCGACGACUUUGUGGAGGUUGUGCCUGGACCGACGUAUGACUCCGCUUGGGAUUUUGAUGAAGCCAUACGCGACGUCUACGACCAAUCGGUCGAUUUACUUUGA